AUGCUUUCCGCAGCUCGAUCUCUCAUCUCCGGAUCGAUCAGACGAACAAUUGCCUCGAGUUCCUCACUUCGAUCAAAUGUCCGCGGCGCGGUUAUUGGAAUCGACUUGGGCACCACAAAUUCGUGUGUCGCUGUAAUGGAGGGAAAACAAGCUAGGGUGAUUGAGAAUUCUGAAGGAGUGCGAACGACCCCAUCUGUCAUCGCUUUCACCAAAGACGGCGAACGACUCGUCGGAGCUCCAGCCAAGCGUCAGGCUGUUACCAACUCGCAGAACACACUCUUCGCCACAAAACGUUUGAUUGGACGUCGUUUUGAGGACGCCGAAGUGCAAAAAGACUUGAAGGUUGUGCCAUACAAGAUCACGAAGGCAAGUAAUGGUGAUGCCUGGGUCGAGGCUCAAGGAAAGCUUUACUCGCCAUCGCAAAUUGGAGCAUUCACAUUGAUGAAGAUGAAAGAGACCGCUGAACAAUACCUGGGAACCACGGUGCACAAUGCCGUCAUCACUGUACCUGCCUACUUCAACGACUCUCAACGCCAAGCCACCAAGGAUGCCGGGCAAAUCGCCGGACUGAAUGUGCUUCGCGUCAUCAAUGAACCCACUGCUGCCGCUCUUGCCUACGGAUUGGAGAAGACCGAAGAUAAAAUCAUUGCUGUGUACGAUCUUGGAGGUGGUACUUUCGAUGUCUCAAUCUUGGAAGUGCAAAAGGGCGUUUUCGAAGUGAAAUCGACCAAUGGAGAUACGUUCUUGGGAGGAGAAGACUUCGAUGUUGCCCUUGUUAACUACUUGGCCGGCGAAUUCAAGAAGCAAGAGGGAAUCGAUUUGUCCAAGGAUCCUCAAGCCAUGCAGCGUCUCCGUGAAGCGGCUGAGAAAGCCAAAUGCGAGCUCUCAUCCACGGCUCAAACCGACAUCAAUCUCCCCUAUUUGACAAUGGAUGCCAGCGGACCAAAGCACAUGAUGCUGAAAUUGACCCGAGCAAAGUUCGAACAACUUGUUGCCGAUCUUGUCAAGCGCACAAUUGAACCCUGCAGAAAAGCCAUGCACGAUGCUGAAGUAAAGCCAUCUGACAUCAGCGAGGUCUUGCUUGUUGGUGGAAUGUCCCGUAUGCCCAAGGUGCAAGAGCUCGUGAAGGAAAUUUUCGGCCGUUCUCCAUCAAAAGCCGUAAAUCCCGAUGAGGCUGUUGCCAUUGGAGCCGCCAUUCAAGGAGCAGUGCUUGCCGGAGAUAUCACCGAUGUCCUUCUCCUUGAUGUUACUCCUCUGUCCCUUGGAAUUGAAACGCUUGGCGGUGUCAUGACCAAACUCAUCAACAGAAAUACGACCAUCCCUACAAAGAAGAGCCAGGUCUUCUCAACCGCUGCCGACGGACAAACUCAGGUGCAAAUCAAGGUCUGCCAAGGAGAACGCGAGAUCGCAGCUGACAAUAAGUGCCUUGGACAAUUUUCUUUGAUUGGCAUUCCUCCAGCUCCACGUGGUGUUCCGCAAGUUGAGGUCACAUUUGACAUUGAUGCCAACGGAAUUGUCAACGUGUCAGCUAAGGACCGUGGUACUGGGAAAGAACAACAAAUUGUUAUUCAAUCUUCUGGUGGACUCUCAAAGGAUCAAAUUGAGAACAUGAUCAAGGAGGCUGAACGAAAUGCUGUCGCGGAUCAGGCUAAGCGUGAAAAGAUCGAAAUUGUCAAUCAAGCCGAAGCUAUGGCCAACGAUGUGGAGAGCAAAGUGAAAGAAUUCGCGGAACAACUCUCCAAGGAUGAUGUUGAGAAACUAAAGGUGAAAGUCGAGGAUAUGCGCAAGGUGCUGGCCGAAAAAGACAACAAGACUAACGAGGAAAUCAAGGAGGCCUUGGAACAACUCAAGACUCAAUCAUUGGAUCUCUUCGGAGCCGCCUAUAAGAAAAUGGCAGAAAAGAACUCGGGAGGACAACAAACUCAGGAAGCCGAACAAGCCGAGGAACCAAAGAAGGACAAGCAAGACGGUGGCAAGCAA